UUUCACUGGUGUCUUUUUAUUUGAAGUGUCUGCAAUCCAUAUCGCAGCAAGGAAUAUUGGCCUUUGGUUUGCUUUUUUGGGGGGGCUUGUUCCCCCUCCCUUAGCUAGUAAACGUCACAACAAAAUCCCGGAAGUGUCAGUCUGAACCCCGUCGCCGUUAGCUAGCUGAGUGUUUCAAAAUCUAUUUUCUAGAUCGUCGCAUUUUAAACAGCUUAUACAAACGAAAUACUCCUAAUUAUCUUUUAGAAAAUGGGAACCAGAGACGAUGAAUACGAUUAUCUGUUUAAAGUGGUUCUGAUAGGAGACUCGGGUGUGGGCAAGAGCAACCUGCUCUCUCGUUUCACCCGGAAUGAGUUUAACCUGGAGAGUAAGAGCACCAUCGGAGUGGAGUUUGCCACCCGCAGUAUCCAGGUGGAUGGGAAAACUGUGAAGGCUCAGAUCUGGGACACGGCAGGACAGGAGCGCUACCGGGCUAUCACCUCAGCGUACUACCGAGGAGCGGUGGGGGCCCUGCUGGUCUAUGACAUCGCCAAGCACCUGACCUAUGAAAAUGUGGAGCGGUGGUUGAAGGAGCUGAGAGACCAUGCAGACACCAACAUCGUCAUCAUGCUAGUGGGCAACAAGAGUGACCUGCGCCACCUCAGGGCAGUGCCCACCGACGAGGCACGAGCAUUCGCAGAGAAAAACGGUUUGUCUUUCCUUGAGACGUCAGCCCUGGAUUCCACCAACGUUGAAACGGCUUUCCAGACCAUUCUGACAGAAAUCUAUCGUAUUGUCUCUCAGAAGCAGAUGUCAGAACGUCAGGAGAGCGACAUGUCUCCUAGCAACAAUGUGGUCAACAUCCAGGUGCAGCCCACUGAGAACAAACCAAAGAUGCAGUGCUGUCAGAACAUCUAGCCCUGCCCACGUUACCACCGUACCACUACACCUCUACCCCCUCAUAUACCCUGUACCCCCACCUCUACCCCCUCAUAUACCCUUUACCCCC